CGUCACUCGCGUAGUGUCAGAAACGUCAUGAGCGUCUUACUGCCCAACAUGGCGGACUUUGAUACCAUUUAUGAGUUAGAAGAAGAAGACGAGCGAAUAGUGAGUGAAGAGCAUCUCGCCAGAUACUGCCCUGAACCUGUGGUAAUGCGAGGGGCCGGCCACAUCACUGUGUUUGGACUUAGCAACAAAUUUGAUACAGAAUUCCCAUCUGUUCUUACAGGAAAGGUUGCUCCAGAAGAGUUCAAGACAAGCAUCAACCGGGUGAACGCUUGUCUGAAGAAGAACUUACCAGUCAAUGUGAAAUGGCUACUGUGCGGGUGCUUGUGCUGUUGCUGUACCGUCGGCUGCAGUCUGUGGCCUGUCAUAUGCCUAAACAAGAGGACACGAAGAUCCAUUCAGAAAUUGUUAGAAUGGGAAAACAACCGAUUAUAUCACAAGCUGGGACUGCACUGGAAACUCAGCAGAAGAAAAUGUGAGAGUAAUAACAUGAUGGAAUAUGUGAUUCUUAUAGAAUUCCUACCCAAAUAUCCUAUAUUCCGACCGGACUAACAGCACUGCAGAGGGAUGCUGGUGAAUGGCUCUCACUCCGCUCCUUACUUAGUGCCUUGUAUAUAAAGUUGGAUUGAGGGUCUUCACAGGUGUCACUACGUGACCCCUAUUUUUCCUCCCAGUACCUUGUACAGUAGAGUUUGCAACACUGUCACUUUGCUUUAGAGCAGAUUUUGCACAUUUCCAGAUAUAUUAGAAAUGCGCCUGUGUUGCACCCAAACUUUUGUUACAUAAAAUAGUAAACAAUACUGUUUAAAAGUGCAUUUACCCCAAUAGCCAUUCACACUUCCCAACUUACUACAUGUAAUAUUGUUGAUAAAAUGAAGGCACCUUGAGGUGUGUAUUUGCCUUAUGAUAAAAGUAAAAGGUUUUGUAAUGGAGAUAUAUUUGUGGGGUGCAGAAUGCUAUACAAGGUGUAGUUUUAAAUGUGUUGUCAAAUGUCACUUUGCUUUAGAGCAAGUCUUGCACAAUACCUGAUGUAGUUGCUCUAAAGCAAAGUGAAAAGUUUCGGGGCUUUUCUGCGCUAAUGGAAUGGGUAGGGAAUUUCAAGUAGCUAAAUGUUUGUCGGCAUGAUUUUUUUUUUUCCUGUCUGCACUUUGGUGAUGGUCCUGUAAAUGGACAAGACAAAGAAACAGACCAUUAAAUAUAAUUUUGGACAAGAUGUACAGCCUAGUAUUUCAUGUUUACAUAAAUUACUUUAGCUGGCAAUUAGUUUUCAGCCAAUCUAUUAUUGUAACAUAAUUUUGUUUAUAAAUUGCAUCUCUGUAACUUUCCGGUCUGUCUGGACCCGUUUACCUAGUAAGCCAUAAAAUGUAUGUUCAACAUGCCAGUCAAAGUGAGGGCUGAAAAUUGCACUUGAGCACACGAGGACAUCAGGCUUUCAGUAGAUUGUCCCUGAGGUGUUUUUUUUUUUUGUGUUUUGUUUUUAUACGUGUGUACUGAAAGGAUAAAAUUGGAUUAUUGCAGACAAUUUUGCCAAUCAAAAUUUAUUAAAACUAUUAAAUGUCAUUCAUUUAGAACUGAAUGUCACCUUGUAUGUAUGUAGAAACAUUGUUUUGUAGUCUUUUUCCACUUUCUUUUUUUUUUUUUUUUUUUACAAUUCAUUUCAUGUGUUUUCCCGAUUCUCUUUUGUUAAGCUUGCCUUGUUUUUCUUUAUAUUUCACGUCAGCCUGUUGGAUUAGAGUGCCUCUUGAAUUGGGUGGAAGGUUUGGAGAGAGCUGUACUAAGACACCUAAAGUUUGCCUAAUUAUUUGGAGAGAGAAAAAAAUCUCUCAACAUUCUACUACAGAGUUCCUGUAAACGUUUCUCUCUAUUUCUGUGGAAAGCAUAAAUAAAUUGUUGACUAUAA